AUGGUUAAGACCCCGUUGUUCUUGUUUAUUAUAUCGACCGGCAGCUGCAAUGCCUUGAGUCUCUGCGCAGGACGGCAAUAUUGUCCCUGGAUGGGCCCGGUACAAAGCGCAUCAGAGCCCAAGGAGGAUGGAAAUGUUGCCGCCAUAGAACUACCGAAGCAGCAGGUGCACUUCUCAAGAUUGCCAAAUGUAGAUAAGAUUACAGGAAAACCUUCACACAGUGAAGCAUUUUCUUUGCUCGACACGGUCUCCGACAAGCUCCAAACCGAUGUGCUACAUGGCUUGGAUGAGGAGACUACUUUCCAUGAUCGCACCUGGGCUUCGAGACCGGGGAACCGGGCGAUGUCUAGUUUGGACUGGGCUACUAGAUGGGAGAAAGCAAUGGACUGCCUUUCGUCAAAGGAGCUUGAGAAUGUGGAUAUGUAUGAAAUGGAUGAGCUUGCCCUUGCAGCCUUCUGGGACCGGGUGUGGGGAUGCUAUGUACCAUAUGCAGGUGGACGUGACGAAUGA